AUGGCGAGCGCAAAGCAGCAGGAGAAUAUGCUGCUUACUGAGCACUUUACUUGGCCUCCUAUCUCCCUAAUCGACGACAUAAUAAACGCCAUAAACGAAGUCCUCUACCGCUGCACCGACUCCUUCGAAACCGGUCUCUCCUCCGCCGACCCCUCCCUCCUCGGUUUCGCCGACCUCUACGCCUCGCAAAACCGCACACCGGCCAAAGACGAAGACGGAAACGAUGUAUACCCAGAAGCGCGGUUGGAGAUUGAAGAGGGAGUCCUGAAGCUAGAGACACUUAUGGAGAAUGCCGUGGACAAGAACUUUGAUAAAUUGGAGAUUUGGACGUUGAGGAAUGUUUUUGCGUUGGGCAGGGGGAAGGGCCAGGAUGAAGGGCUCGCGGAGUGGGUGAGGUUGGGGCAUUAUGAGAACCUCGAACCGCCCUCCAAAAACUCAACCCUCACCCCAGAAGCCCUCUACACCCUCCGCCGCAAACUCAUCGAAACCCAAAAACUAAACGCCGCUCUCCUUGCCGAGAAAACCCGCAACGAGACACAAAUAGCACGGUUACGCGCCCUUCUCACACCAUCUACAGCACCAAAACGCGAAUCGACAUCAAUUAAUAACGAUCAGGAAGGACAAGCAGCACCCUUCGCCUUCUUAACGCACGCGCCUGCUGCGAAGGAAAUAGGUAUACAAUCCCUACCUCACACAAACGCAAACGGAGAGAAGAAUUCCGAGAAGAACAGCAACGGGGAAACAAAACCCACACACACGCCCCUAACAACACAUACCUCCUUCACAACAACCCAACUCCCCUACCUCCGCCAACUCCUCGCAAGCCUAAAACCGCAUUUAGCAAACACUGCUUUACCCAGCAACACCUCCUCACCACAUACGCACGUCCAGCCUAAGGAUAAGGAGGAAUUAACCCGCGAACGCAAGAUUUACGUUGAAAGUCAGAGUAAACGGGUGUUGGAGAGGAGGGGUGUGGAUACAAAGGAUGGGGUUGAGGGGGUUUGGGAGGGGGGGAGUAGGGUGGGGAGUGAGGAGGUUAGGGGGUUGGAGGGGUUGGUUGAGGCGAUGGAUAGGGGAGGGCGUGAUAACAGGAGAGGGCAGAGGGAAGAGCAGCAGGAGGAGGAGGGUCUUGAAGGGAUACAAGAAGGGGAUGAGGAUGAGGAUGCUAUGGACACGAGCUGA